AUUCUGAGAUCAGUAUUACGUUACAGCGUCAGAAUCAUGUGUCCUCUGUUCAUUUAUAUAAAGGGGGUUUACCGAUUGUUUUUCAUAUCUCAGUUUCUCAUUGCACUACUGAGAUCUAAACAUUGAAAGGAAAAAGCGGAAUGGCUCAAAAUAUAACGAUUUUGAUCAGACUCGUGAUGGCCGUUGCCGAAGCACCGCAAUUGGCUAUCACAAUCGAACUUCCAAAUCCGUCUUCAUCAACAAAUUUAACAACAACACCAUCACCUCCGCUGACAGCGCACGAUCCUGUAAAAAUGAUUGGCCGAGGUAAUUGGGGUGCACAACCACCACUGGGACAAUCUCCAGCCCUCGAAAUGAUUCCCACCCCCUACGUAAUAAUAGGACACACUGGAACGAAGAGUUGUUCCACAGAAGCCGAAUGCUCCCAGAAAGUGAGACUUAUCCAAAGCUUGCACACCGAAGGUAAUAAAUGGGACGACAUUGGGUACAAUUUCCUGGUGGGUGGUGAUGGAAACAUCUACGUGGGUCGUGGCUGGAAUGUCGAGGGGGUUCACACGUUUAAUUACAACAAGAAGAGCAUUGGUGUUGGUUUCAUUGGGACUUUUAAUGAUCUUGCACCGAAUGAGAAGCAGCUCAGAGCUGCGCAACAGCUGCUGGAGCUGGGGGUCAAGUUCAGGGAAUUGACGAGUGAUUACAAAUUACUUGGUCAGAGACAAGUGAUAAGCACUAUCAGCCCUGGAGAACAAUUGUACGGAAUUAUUCAAACCUGGCCGCAUUGGAGUGCCACACCUUGAAUUUUUUGGGAAAAUAAUAAUUUGAGAUGAGCUCUUCGUUAAAUUCCCGAAUAAAAAUUGGAGUGAGAUGCCCUGAAUGUUUAUUAAAAAAAUUGCGCGCUUAUCAAUUCAGAUAGGAGAAGAGAUUGUAGACUGAGCGGUUUGUAUUCAUUAACUGAACUAAUCGAAUAAAGAAUUUUUAAAAAAUCA